AUGGGUGAUGCUGAAAUGGCAGAGUUUGGGGCAGCAGCCCCCUAUUUGAGAAAGUCAGACAAAGAGCGCCUGGAGGCUCAGACCCGUAUUUUUGAUAUGAAGAAGGAUAUAUUUGUCCCUGAUGAUAAAGAGGAGUAUGUGAAAGCCAAGCUCACCAGUCGUGAAGGGGAAAAGGUUACAGCGGAGACAGAACAUGGCAAGAACAUCACUGUUAAAGACAACCUAGUGAUGCAGCAGAACCCACCCAAGUUUGAUAAAAUUGAAGACAUGGCUAUGCUGACCUUUCUGAAUGAACCAGCUGUGCUGUACAACCUCAAAGAGCGUUACGCAGCCUGGAUGAUCUAUACUUACUCAGGACUCUUCUGUGUGACGGUGAACCCCUACAAGUGGCUUCCUGUGUACAAUGCAGAGGUUGUGGCUGCGUACCGUGGGAAGAAGAGGACUGAAGCUCCACCUCAUAUCUUUUCCAUCUCUGACAAUGCCUAUCAGUACAUGCUGACAGACAGGGAGAAUCAGUCUAUCCUUAUCACUGGAGAAUCUGGUGCUGGAAAGACUGUAAAUACCAAACGUGUCAUCCAGUACUUUGCUGUCAUCGCUGCUAUAGGUGACCGUAAAAAGGAUACUAGUCCCACAGGCAAGGGGACUCUGGAGGAUCAAAUUAUCCAGGCUAACCCUGCUCUGGAGGCAUUUGGUAAUGCCAAGACUUUGAGAAAUGACAACUCCUCAAGAUUUGGUAAAUUCAUUAGAAUCCAUUUUGGAGCCACGGGGAAGCUGGCAUCUGCUGAUAUUGAGACCUAUCUCUUGGAGAAAUCUCGUGUGACCUUUCAGCUGAAAUCAGAAAGGGACUAUCACAUCUUCUAUCAAAUCUUGUCCAAUAAGAAGCCAGAGCUUCUGGAUAUGUUGCUGGUCACCAAUAAUCCAUAUGACUAUGCAUAUAUCUCUCAGGGGGAGACCACCGUGGCUUCGAUUGAUGAUACAGAAGAACUGCUAGCCACUGAUAAUGCGUUUGAUGUGCUGGGAUUCUCUCAGGAUGAGAAGAACUCAAUUUACAAACUCACGGGAGCUAUAAUGCACUUUGGGAACAUGAGGUUCAAACAGAAGCAGCGAGAAGAGCAGGCAGAGCCAGAUGGCACUGAAGAGGCUGACAAAUCUGCCUACCUUAUGGGCCUGAAUUCUGCUGACCUCCUGAAGGGAUUGUGUCACCCCAGAGUCAAGGUCGGGAAUGAGUACGUAACCAAGGGACAAAAUGUCCAGCAGGUGUACUAUGCCUUAGGAGCCCUGGCCAAGUCAGUGUACGAGAAAAUGUUCUUGUGGAUGGUAGUAAGAAUUAACACCACACCCUGGAGACCAAGCAACCCAGACAAUAUUUCAUUGGCGUGCUGGACAUAGCAGGAUUUGAGAUCUUUGAUUUCAACAGCUUUGAGCAGCUGUGCAUUAACUUCACUAAUGAGAAGUUGCAGCAGUUUUUCAACCACCACAUGUUCGUGUUGGAGCAGGAAGAAUACAAGAAAGAGGGAAUUGAAUGGGAGUUCAUUGAUUUUGGCAUGGAUUUGCAGGCCUGUAUUGACCUCAUAGAGAAGCCUAUGGGAAUCAUGUCAAUCCUUGAAGAGGAGUGUAUGUUUCCGAAGGCAACGGAUAUGACUUUUAAAGCCAAGCUGUAUGACAAUCAUUUGGGCAAAUCCAACAACUUCCAAAAGCCACGCAACAUAAAGGGCAAGCCAGAGGCACACUUUGCCCUAGUGCACUAUGCUGGUACUGUGGACUACAACAUAAAUGGCUGGCUUGAAAAGAACAAGGACCCCCUAAAUGAAACUGUGGUGGGAUUGUACCAGAAGUCAGCUCUCAAGCUUUUGUCACACCUGUUUGCCAACUAUGCCAGUGCAGAGUCAGAUCAAGCUACCAAGGGUAAAGGCAGUAAGAAGAAAGGCUCCUCGUUCCAGACAGUGUCAGCUCUGCACAGGGAAAAUUUGAACAAGCUAAUGACCAAUCUUCGAUCUACACAUCCUCAUUUUGUUCGUUGCAUCAUCCCCAAUGAAACCAAGGCUCCAGGGGUGAUGGAUAACCGUUUAGUGAUGCAUCAGCUACGUUGUAAUGGUGUGCUGGAAGGUAUCAGAAUUUGCAGAAAGGGAUUCCCCAAUCGCAUCCUGUAUGGAGACUUCAGGCAGCGCUACCGAAUCCUAAACCCUGCAGCUAUCCCAGAAGGACAGUUUAUAGACAGCAGGAAAGGGGCUGAGAAGCUUCUGGCCUCAUUGGAGAUUGAUCAUACUCAGUAUAAAUUCGGACACACCAAGGUUUUUUUUCAAGGCUGGAUUGUUGGGUCAACUUGAAGAGAUGAGAGAUGAAAGACUUUCUAGAAUUAUCACCCGUAUCCAGGCCCAGUCCAGAGGUGUCUUAUCCAGAAUAGAAUUUAAGAAGAUUUUGGAGCGCAGAGAUGCCCUCUUGGUGAUCCAGUGGAACAUUCGAGCAUUCAUGGGAGUCAAAAACUGGCCAUGGAUGAAACUUUACUUCAAGAUCAAGCCCCUGCUUAAGAGUGCAGAAACAGAGAAAGAGAUGCAGAGCAUGAAAGAAGAGUUCCAGAAGCUGAAAGAAGCUCUGGAGAAGUCGGAGGCACGUCGCAAAGAUCUUGAAGAAAAGAUGGUCUCUUUACUGCAGGAAAAGAAUGAUCUUCAGCUUCAAGUGCAAGCUGAACAAGAUAACCUAGCAGAUGCUGAGGAGAGGUGUGAACAACUGAUCAAAAACAAAAUCCAACUAGAAGCAAAGCUGAAGGAACAGACGGAACGUCUAGAAGAUGAGGAGGAGAUGAAUGCAGAAUUGACAGCAAAGAAGCGGAAACUAGAAGAUGAAUGUUCUGAGCUGAAAAAGGAUAUUGAUGAUUUGGAGCUGACACUAGCCAAAGUGGAAAAGGAGAAACAUGCCACAGAGAACAAGGUCAAGAAUCUCACUGAGGAGCUGGCUGGCUUGGAUGAGAUUAUUGCAAAAUUAACAAAAGAGAAAAAGGCUCUGCAGGAGGCUCACCAGCAAACACUGGAUGACCUUCAGGCUGAAGAGGACAAAGUCAACGUGUUGACUAAAGCCAAAGCAAAACUAGAGCAACAGGUUGAUGAUCUGGAAGGAUCAUUAGAGCAGGAGAAGAAAAUACGAAUGGACCUGGAAAGGGUAAAAAGGAAACUUGAAGGAGAUCUGAAAUUGAGUCAGGAAAGUCUGAUGGAUCUGGAAAAUGACAAGCAGCAACUGGAAGAAAAACUGAAGAAAAAAGAUUUUGAAAUCAGCCAACUUAAUACAAGAAUUGAGGAUGAACAGAAUGUAUGUACUCAGCUCCAGAAGAAGAUGAAAGAGCUUCAGGCCCGUAUUGAGGAAUUGGAGGAGGAAUUGGAAGCAGAAAGAACAGCUCGAGCAAAGAUAGAAAAGCUUCGCUCUGAUCUAUCAAGAGAGCUGGAAGAGAUCAGUGAGCGUUUAGAAGAAGCUGGGGGAGCCACUACAGUACAACUGGAGCUCAACAAGAAGAGGGAGGCUGAGUUCCUUAAACUGCGGAGGGAUUUGGAAGAGUCCACUCUGCAAUCGGAGGCCAUUGCUGCUACUCUACGGAAGAAACAUUCCGAUUCCGUGGCAGAGCUCAGUGAGCAGAUAGACAAUCUACAGAGAGUCAAACAGAAACUGGAAAAAGAAAAGAGUGAAAUUAAACUGGAACUCGAUGAUGUAGCAUCCAACAUGGAGCAGUUGGUAAAAGCAAGGGCUAACUUAGAGAAGUUAUGCCGUACCUUAGAAGACCAAGUCAGUGAGCAUCGGACUAAGGCUGAGGAGAACCAAAGAACUGUUAAUGAGCUGUCCACCCUGCGUGCCAAACUGCAGACUGAAAAUGGUGAGCUAUCACGUAGACUUGAUGAAAAGGAGUCACUUGUGUCACAGAUGACUCGUGGCAAGCAGACUUACACCCAGCAGUUGGAAGAUCUCAAGAGGCAGCUGGAAGAAGAGACCAAGGCCAAAAAUGCCCUAGCACAUGCCCUGCAGUCUGCCCGUCACGACAGUGAUCUCCUACGGGAACAGUUUGAAGAAGAACAAGAGGCUAAGGCAGAGCUUCAAAGAGCUCUGUCUAAAGCCAACUCAGAGGUAGCUCAGUGGAGAACAAAGUAUGAGACAGAUGCCAUCCAAAGGACCGAAGAACUGGAGGAAGCAAAGAAGAAACUGGCACAGAGGUUGCAGGAAGCAGAAGAAGGUGUAGAAGCUGUUAAUGCCAAGUGUUCCUCUCUGGAAAAAACUAAACACCGUUUGCAAAAUGAAAUUGAGGAUCUGAUGGUUGAUUUGGAAAGGUCAAAUGCUGCAGCUGCUGCACUGGACAAGAAGCAAAGGAAUUUUGACAAGGUUCUAGCUGAGUGGAAGCAGAAAUUUGAGGAAUCCCAGACAGAACUGGAGUCAUCCCAGAAAGAUGCACGGUCCCUGAGUACUGAACUAUUUAAGUUGAAGAAUGCCUAUGAGGAAUCUUUGGAACAUUUGGAGACUUUCAAAAGAGAGAAUAAAAAUCUUCAGGAGGAAAUCUCAGACCUCACAGAACAGCUAGGAGAGAGUGGAAAGAGCAUUCAUGAGCUGGAGAAGAUACGGAAGCAACUGGAACAGGAGAAGAUGGAGAUACAGUCUGCACUAGAGGAAGCUGAGGCCUCCCUUGAACAUGAGGAAGGUAAGAUUCUACAUGCCCAGUUGGAGCUGCACCAAGUCAAGGCAGACUUUGAGCGCAAGUUGGCUGAAAAAGAUGAAGAAACUGGAGCAGGCCAAAAGAAAACCACCAAAGAGUGAUGGAAUCACUACAGACAUCACUAGAGGCUGAAACCAGGAGCCGUAAUGAGGCCUUAAGGAUCAAGAAGAAGAUGGAAGGAGAUUUAAAUGAGAUGGAGGUCCAGCUAAGCCAGGCUAAUCGUCAGGCAGUUGAAGCUCAAAAACAAGUAAAGAGUCUCCAAAGCUACCUAAAGGACACUCAAAUCCAACUGGAUGAUGCAUUAAGAGCCAGUGAGGACUUGAAGGAGAACAUUGCAAUUGUAGAGAGGAGAAACACAUUACUCCAGGCUGAGCUGGAGGAACUGCGGUCUCUGGCAGAACAGACUGAAAGAGCACGAAAGCUUGCAGAACAGGAACUCAUAGAGACCAGUGAAAGAGUACAACUCCUCCACUCACAGAACACCAGUUUGAUCAAUCAGAAGAAGAAAAUGGAAUCUGACUUGUCUCAGCUGCAAACAGAAGUGGAGGAAGCAGUGCAGGAGUGCCGUAAUGCAGAAGAGAAGGCGAAGAAAGCUAUUACAGAUGCUGCUAUGAUGGCAGAAGAGCUGAAGAAAGAGCAGGACACAAGUGCCCACCUGGAAAGGAUGAAGAAGAACAUGGAGCAAACAAUCAAAGAUCUCCAGCAACGUCUAGAUGAGGCUGAGCAAAUUGCUAUGAAAGGUGGUAAGAAGCAGCUGCAGAAACUGGAGGCUCGAGUUCGGGAACUGGACAAUGAAUUGGAGGCUGAACAAAAACGCAAUGCAGAGUCUGUGAAGGGCGUGAGGAAGUAUGAAAGGAGAAUUAAAGAACUCACCUACCAGACUGAAGAGGAUAGAAAGAACUUAGCUCGUCUUCAGGACCUGGUUGACAAGUUACAGCUCAAAGUGAAGGCAUAUAAGAGACAGGCAGAGGAGGCUGAGGAGCAAUCCAACACAAACCUUUCAAAGUUCCGUAAGGUUCAGCAUGAGCUGGAUGAGGCUGAAGAGCGAGCAGAUAUUGCAGAGUCUCAAGUGAACAAACUGAGGGCCAAGAGCAGAGAUGUCAGCACCAAGAAAACGUUGAAUGAGUAA